CUUUUCUACCUUCUUACUGAUUCCUUUUUCUUUCGCCCACUGCACCACCUUAUCUAUUAUAUAUCGAGUCGAGCAAUAUAUCCAUUUUCAGCUACCUUGUCUCCACAUUACACACAGCAACGAUGUCUGCCGUCAAUGACCCCUCCGCAACAGUCGAUGAAUCGUUGCCUGAACUGCUCAUUGACCACCACGUCAAAUACAUCCAGGCACUUGACACCAAAAAAGACGACCUUGAGUAUUGGCUGACAGAGCACCUCCGCGUUAACGGCCUUUAUUGGGGUACAACGGCCCUUCACAUCCUCGGCCAUUCUGACGCAUUGGAUCAGGAUCAAAUUGUCGACUAUCUUGUCAAGUGUCAGCAUGAUAAUGGCGGAUUCGGUGGUCAUAUCGAUCAUGACCCACAUAUCCUGUCAACCCUGAGCGCGGUUCAAGUCCUGAUCACCUAUGACCGCCUAGAUGCUAUUAACGUGGACAAAGUCGUCGAUUAUGUUGUAUCUCUGCAAAACAAGGACGGAUCAUUCAGUGGCGACUCAUGGGGUGAGACUGACACACGCUUCAUCUUCUGUGCGAUCAACUGCCUCAGUCUGCUCAAGCGAUUGGACGACAAACGCCUGAACCUGCAGAACACAAUCGACUACAUUGUACGCUGUCGUAACUUUGAUGGCGGUUUCGGCAACUCACCCGGUGGAGAAAGCCAUGCGGCCCAGGUGUACGUAUGCGUGGGGACAUUGACGAUCUUGAACGCAUUGCACCAUGUUGAUACGGAGUUGCUGGGAUGGUGGCUCAGUGAGAGACAGCUUAAGAAUGGCGGACUGAAUGGCAGACCCGAGAAGCAGGAGGACGUAUGCUACUCGUGGUGGGUGCUGAGCAGUCUUAGCAUGUUGAAGCGAACGCAUUGGAUCGAUGCACCCAAGCUAACCAAGUUUAUCCUUGAAGCACAGGAUACGGAGACAGGCGGUAUUGCAGAUCGACCAGGCAACAUGCCGGAUGUGUUCCACACGAACUUUGGCAUCUGUGGUCUUUCAUUGCUGGGAUACCCUGGACUGGUUACAGUGGAUCCGGUCUAUUGCAUGCCUCGUCAUGUUAUUCAGAGAAUCGGCCUCUCGGACAAGCACUGAAGCGGUGGUGAUAUCGACAGCCCGUUCUUCAUGGUCAGGCAUUGCGCAGUGUUGCACAAUCCAUGUAUAUACAACAGCUGGCAGCAGCGUUUUCUUUCCGCAACAGCAAACAAUAAAUAUGCCCUUGCAAAAAGAUACAGAUGGAACAAGCAAAAGAGCGAGUUUAGGUUCGGGUUCGUUCAUGCUCAUGUCCGUGUUCAUGUUCAUACUCGGAUUUAGGUUCAAUUCGAGCGAGCAAAGAUAACAGCGCAAAUGGUGUGAGUGUGUUCAAAUAUCGAAGAACGGGAACGCCCUUUCAGUCGCGCGUCAAUAUAUUUUGCCCUGUGCAUGGAGUAGCAUAUGACGCACUGUUUGUGCGAGCAGUCCACUCGGCAAUAUAAAAGGACAUACCUGGGCCUUGACUGCACUCAAAAGCCCU